AUGUUCAACCGGCGCGGCGGCGGCGGGGGGGCCACCCUGCCAGGCUACGACCGGCCCAGCCACCUCAUGAAGCGCGGACAAGCCAGCCUGGUCCCGCCCUCCACCCUCCUCGUGGCCACGGCGGUGUUCGCGAUCCUCUCGCUGCUGCUGGCAAUCGGCAUGGUCAGCCGAGGCAAUCGGAUCCACGCCCUCGAGCGGGAGAAAACAUCUUUGGCGGUGGAUUUUUCCCACAAGGAUAGGGAGUCCAGCACCCUGACGCAUACCGUCCGUCAGUUGGAGCAGGAGAAGGCGUCCCGAGAGGCGUCCCUGCAGCGGCUGAGCGCCGAGGUGGCCCAGAGGCGGGAGCAGGCUCGGGCGGCUGAGGAAAGGGCUGAGGUUGCCCGGAGGCAGGCGGGGGAGUGCCAGGGGGAGGCGGGGCGCAAGGAGGCGGCGCUGGCGGCGGAGAGGGGCGCCAAGGAGGGGCUGGCAAAGAGGGUGGCGGAGCUGGAGAAGGACCUCCAAAAUGAGAAGUCCGCAUCUCGAUCCAGGGACACAGAGUGGCGCGUGCGGUACACGGCCCUGCAGGGCGAGCUCAGCACAUGCCAUGGAAAGAUCAUGGCUGCCCCACCGCCCCCACCCAUAGGCACAAACCCCCCGGACACUGAGACCUACCCUGGCCUGGAGCAGCCAUUGCCGCCCCUGCCACCUCUGCCGCCUCUGCCUGUAACCCCAGGUGUACCUGCUGACCUGCCACCUCAACCCACAGGGCAGCAGUCAGCACAGGCAAUGGGUCAGGCUGGAGUCCAAGCUGGGGAAUUGGGGCGUAGGGUUGGCGCAACGGUUGAUGCCCGUGUCAUUGGCGAUGUUGGCAGUGCUGCAGGCACACAACGAGACGUCCAGAGUGUGGGUCAACAGGCACCCCCAGGGGCUGGUGGCGUGCAGGACCUUGGCCAGUCGGUGAAUGAUGGCACUGGCCAGAGGGGCGCAAAGGCUGGGGUGCCCUGA